UGUGUGUGUAUAGUGUGUGUGUGUAGUUUGUGUGUGUGUUGUAUUGUGUUUGACUGAAUCUACAGGAGGAGAUAAAGAUGGCGGCAGCUUUGAGUAACAGUGAGUUUAAACUCAUUGGUCCUCGUGAUGAAGAUUAUCAGCUUGGUUCUGCUGUUACUCUUUCGUGUCUCCUGUCUCCUGAACUCAGUGCUGUUGGGAUGGAGAUCAGGUGGUUUAAGGGGACGGACUGUGUUUGUCUCUAUAAGAACAGACAGGUAACAGAGGGGAGGAGCUACGAGGACAGAGUGAGUCUGAUCACUCAGGAGCUGCAGAGAGGAAACGUCUCCUUACAGAUCAGAAACUGCAGAGGAUCAGAUUUAGGAGAUUACCUGUGUCAGGUAACCAGCGGAGACACAACAGAGGAGUGUACUAUAAGAGUGGAGGGUGAGUAUUCCAGACCUUCACUCUACAUAAACUCAUCAUCAUCAUCAUCAUCAUCAUCAUCAUCAUCAUCUUCAUCAUCAUCUCUCUGAGAAUAAGAGAUAUAAAGAGAGAAAUCUCACACUCUCACAAUCACACAACACUAUCUGUAAUGUUCACUCUCACAACUACACUCUUUUUUUUUUGGCCCGCCACCACCCCCCCUCUUCGGAGGAC